UCCUGUUCCAUCUUUUCCUGUUCCAUCUUUUCCUGUUCUCUCGCUCUCUGCUUCACCAAUCUUUCAGAUAUGACCACUGCUGAGAGUGCCAACGGUGAUAAGAACCGAGCUCCCAAGUUGAAUGAGAGGAUUCUUUCCUCUCUGUCUAGAAGAUCGGUUGCUGCACAUCCUUGGCAUGAUCUUGAGAUUGGACCUGAUGCUCCCAAGAUUUUCAACUGUGUUGUUGAGAUUACAAAGGGAAGCAAGGUUAAAUAUGAACUUGACAAGAAGACUGGGCUGAUCAAGGUUGAUAGGAUUCUGUAUUCAUCAGUGGUGUAUCCUCAUAAUUAUGGCUUCAUCCCCCGCACACUAUGCGAAGACAACGAUCCUAUGGAUGUUCUAGUUCUUAUGCAGGAACCAGUUCUUCCUGGCUGUUUCCUCCGAGCCAAGGCCAUCGGACUCAUGCCCAUGAUUGACCAGGGAGAGAAAGAUGAUAAGAUCAUUGCAGUUUGUGCUGAUGAUCCUGAAUACAAGCAUUACAAUGACAUCAAGGAGCUUGCCCCCCACCGUCUCUCUGAGAUCCGCCGCUUCUUUGAAGACUAUAAAAAGAACGAAAACAAGGAGGUGGCAGUUAACGAUUUCUUACCUUCAGGCGUUGCUCUUGAAGCUAUCCAGUACUCAAUGGAUCUUUACGCCGAGUACAUUCUGCACACCCUGAGGCGAUAGACCAAUGCAAUUUAUCCCGCCCGAGCACCUUAAUAAAAGCCGGUCGUAGCCAUGUUAUUUUCUACCUACUUUUUUUUUUUUUUUUUU